CGGGACAACAGAGGAUAAACCCAAUUUUAAUUAGGUGAUCAAAGCACCUAGAAUUGUGUGCAAAAAUUCAUUCGUCUUGUAACAAAGACCAGAGAGGGUAGUUUGUUGAUACGAAAAGCAGGCUCCCUAGAUUUUUGUUCAAGUGCAUGAACUCGUCACCAGCGAAUAUAUUCUGGAUUUUGCUUGCGAAGCAAUUCGAUCGAUCAUUGUUAUCAAACACGAAAAGAAAUCAAUCAGUUAAGGUCUGAUAAUGGAUCAAGAUGGGCCGUGGAGUUGCAACUUGGAAAUAUACCCCGAUUUUCGAGAGGAAAAAGUCAGUGAAGAAUAUACUCUCUGCACCGAAUCUGGAGCCGGAUCCAAACUGCCCCUUUACCUCUCUCAGUUGGCUCUUGAAGACUAUGACAAGAGACGGAAUGAUAUCAUCCGCGGAGAUACCAUGAAACAGAAUGAAAAGUACGACAUUCUGUCAGUGAAUGUUCUGAAGACAAUGAAAUCGGUUGAGGCAGAGGGUACAACUUACUUGAUCAACUUUGAGGCCUCCUUGCAAGACUAUAAGAACAAGAAUCCUCGAACCUUCCAAACAAAAAUUCUUAUGUCUCCCGUUAAUCUGCCAUCUAUGAAGGUAGAUGUUAGGUUCGUUCGGACCAAGCCCAGAUGACUAGAUGAGUACAAGUCAUUCUACUCUGCAACUGACUAAUUUAUGAGCUAGUAGUUUUAUGUGUGGUACUAUAAUGUAGCACUUUAUAGUUGGUCAGAUUGAAGUUUAUAUCAAACUUUUCUUCGUAAGAAGGCUAUGGGAAUUAGUUUCUGACUUUCUGUCCAGCAUAAAAAAUUAGAAAAUACACUUGCUUUUGCUUCUAUGAUUAUAAGAGAGAGUAUUGUUGUUCAUUGAAUUCUUGGUGGUUGGAUCGAAUUUUAUAUCAACAGUUUCUUCAUAUG